AUGUCUGAUCUGCUACCAAUUGCCACUUACAAUCUAAAUGUGGAGCCAUACACUCCUGUACCAGCUAUUGAUGCGACAAGACCCGUCACUAUCCGUUUAACAAUGGCCGCUAUGAAUCCUGACUCUUAUGAUGACGAUAAGUCUCCCUCCACCUUGAGAAUCAUUAAGAGAAACCCAGACUACGAUUCUGAUGGUGACAUUCUAGGUGAUUCUGAAGAUGAAGACGAAGAAGAAGAGGAUGAUGAAGAAGAAGAGGAAGAAGAGGAAGAAAAAGACACCAAGAAGGGCAAAAAGCAAGAGAAUAAAAAGGCUUUAAAAGGUAAGAAGGAAGAAUCUGAAUCUGAAUCCGAAGAUGAAGAUGACAUUCAAGAAGACGACUCUGAAGAAGGCAGCGAAUUCGAAGAUGAUGAAGAAUUCGAAGAAUACGUUUUGGUCACAUUAUCUCCUGAAACCCAGUACCAACAAUCCUUAGACUUGACCAUCGCUCCUGAAGAAGAAGUCCAAUUUGUGGUCACCGGUUCUUACGGAAUCACGGUUUCUGGUAACUACAUUAAACAUCCAUUCGACGCACCUUUCUUAAGUGAAAGUGAUGAAGAAGAUGAAGAAGAUGAGCAUCAUCAUCACCAUCACCAUCACCAUGAUGAUGAGGAAGAGGAAGAUAGUGAUGAAUAUGAUUUAACUCCAGAUGAAGAUGAAGUUAUCAAUGAUGAAUUAGACGACUUGGAAGACGCUAGUGAUGUAGAAAGCCGUAUUGAAGAGUUAAUCGAUCAAGAAGAUCAAAGCAAGAAGAACAAAAAGAGGAAGCAAGAGGUAACUCAAGAAUCUGAACAAACUGAUUCCAAAAAAGCUAAGAAGGAUAAGAAGGAAACCGAAAAGAAACAACCUGCAGAAGAACCAAAGAAAGAUGCUAAGAAAGAUAAGAAGGAAAAGAAAGUAGAAUUCAAGAAGGACUUGGAAGAAGGUCCUACCAAGAAACCUAAGACCAAGGCAUUGGAAGGUGGUGUUGUCAUUGAAGAUCGUACCGUUGGUAAAGGUGCACAAGCUAAGAGAGGGUCCAAAGUGGGUAUGAGAUACAUCGGUAAACUAAAGAACGGCAAAGUCUUUGACAAGAACACUAGCGGUAAACCUUUUGUUUUCAAAUUAGGUGUUGGUGAAGUGAUCAAGGGCUGGGAUAUUGGUGUUGCCGGUAUGGCCGUUGGCGGUGAACGUAGAAUUGUAAUUCCUGCCCCAUACGCUUACGGUAAACAGGCUCUACCUGGUCUUCCAGCCAAUUCUGAGCUAACUUUCGAUGUUAAAUUAGUUUCUUUGAAAUAG